CUAGAAAAAAACACUCGCUGUAUAUACACUAAUAGGACGAAUUAAAUAUAGGUAUAUUUGACCAUAUAGGACAUCAGUUUAGUAGAGGGUGGUUUAUCGUUCAUUUUUGUUAGCAUCGAUUAUUCGCAUUAACAUUAUUAUUAUUAGCCUACAUUUUUAGUAUCGUACCCAUUCUAGUAUUAUAUUUUCUUUUAGAAUUACAUUUUUAGUUCAACAAACGCAUCUUCUUCACCAGGACUAUACAAUCUUCUAGAAGAGGGGAAAAAGCUAGCAUAAACUCCCGAUAUUUGAGCAAUGAAGCGUCUUCCCGUUCUCAAGCCUGCAACUUUCUUCUUAAGCCAACCGAUUCGUCGAAUUCACGGCGAGGUGCGUCACCACAACACAGACUACAACAACACCCGCAUACCAUGGGACUUCACCACCGCCAGCUAUGAGAAGAUUCACAACGAGAUCUUACCGAAGUUCCCGCGUGCUAGGCGCGGAUCCGCAACGAUUCCACUUCUCCAUCUAGCACAGCAACAGCAGGGCGGCUACAUCCCAGUCACGGCGAUGUAUAAAAUCGCGAAGAUUUGCGAAGUCCCGCCGAUGCGGGUCUUCGAGACAGUCACUUUUUACUCUAUGUUCAAUCGCCAUCCUGUUGGGAAGUACCACAUACAGUUCUGUCGCACCACGCCCUGCAUGUUGUGUGGCGUCGACCAGCUCAUAGAAAACACCAAACAUUAUCUCAACGUCGAGAUGCACGGCACCACCAGCGAUGGUCUAAUCACGAUUGGCGAGAUGGAGUGCCUGGGCGCCUGCGUGAAUGCACCGAUGCUUGUGGUGAGCGAUUAUAGCAAUCCGCCAAACUUUUCAUAUGAUUUUGUCGAGGAUUUGACGUGGGAUAGUAUUAAACAGCUCAUCGAGGACUUGCGCGAGGGCCGGCCUUAUAAGAUAGGCCCACAGCGGCCGGAUAGGAGAUGCGCGGAACCCGCGGGCGGGCGGACCUCACUUUUUUUCAAGGAGCCACCAGGUCCAUACUGCCGUGAUUUGGAUGCGAAGCCAGAUGAAAAGAAGUGA